CACACCGUCACCAUUCAAUGUGCAUUCUGAGUAACGGACUCUGGGUUUUAUUUUUGGACUGCUAUGGAGCCUGUGCCUUCCAUUUGAAGGAAGGGGGAAUAGUUGAACAUGAGUCUCCCUUUCUGACAGUCCAGGCUGGGACAAGCAGGCAGCCACCGGACAGCAUAAACAACAGACACGCAGGGGACCUUGCCUGAAGUGUCUUUAACUGUCUUCUGUUAGUCAAAUCUUGGGGGCUAUAUAUUUCAUGGCUGUCAAUAUCAGCAAUACUGCCCAGGCAGGCCUGCUUUCCCAGCAGUACCCACCUCCUCUGUUCCCCAAACCUGGGAAAGAAAAUGUCCGGCUCCAGAAACUACUCAAGAAAACAGCAAAGAAAAAGGCUGCUGCCCAGACAUCACAACCAUCAGGCCCCUUCCGCUCAAGCCUCUCCCCAGUCAAUGAAGCAAGCCCUGAUCUGGAAUACAGUGAUCACUCAACUCCCCCCAAGACUCCAGAAACAUCUAUCUACAUUGGCACGGUACACCCACGUUUCAAUGUUCGACCAUUGUAUCAGCAUGUAUCAUCCCCUUACCCUCAUCACAGAGAAUUCACGUAUGGCAAGACAGCAAGGUUUUCACCCCAACCAUAUUUGUCUCCAAGCCACGCUUUCCCCCAACACACACCUCCAGCAUUUCCAUACAUACCCUCACCAGCACCUGGACUUGGCACACAUGUUACGGUUCCAAUCAGGAUUUUAGUGACUGAAGAAACCACACACUCAGCUAUGAAACCUGAUUCCAAGGAAACUACUCUACAAACAUCACAAAAAGUUCCAAGCCCUCAGCCAACCAUUUUUAAUGUCUCCAGAACAGCAAAGUCAUUGUUUGAAGUUCCUCAAAUUACCAAUUACACUGCAAAGUCAGCAGGUUUAAGAACAUCUUAUUAUGCAUCUUCACCAACAAGGAGCAGAACACCUACUGCAGAGUUAAUGAGAGGCCCAACACCAACAUUUGAGGUUAGAAAGAUUAUAACAUCUGAAAUAAGAAGAGAUAGGACACCCACCAGAGAAAUCAGAAGGGAUACAACACCAACAUUUGAAAUCAAGAGGAUUACAACGCCAACUUCAGAAAUUAAGAAAACCAUAACUCCAACUGCCAAAAUCAAGAAAGAGUCAAUGCCAUCUUCUGUGGUCAAGAGGGCCAGUGCUCCAGACACAGAGAUUAAACAAGAUGUAACUCCAACACUUGAGACAAAAAAGGUUACAACGCCGUUACUUGAGACAAAAGUGGCUACAACACCAACGAGAGCAAGGACACCAACAAAUGACAUUACCUUAUCAAAAACACCUACAGGGCGGCCCAAGACACCCUCAGAUCAUGUGUCACGUGUUAGAGCACCUGUGAUUGAGAUUUCAAGACCAAAUCCACUUUUAUUUGCUGUAUCUCCUGUGCACAUGGAGGGCAGAAGAUCAAAAACGCCAACCUCAAGCUUGGCUGGUCCACAUGAUGUAAUUCAGGUGAAUGAGACCAGUCUUCAAAAUGGUGACAUAUAUGUCAAAUCAACCGAACCCUUUAAAGUAGAUAAAACCACUUCUGAAAACUUUUCAAAACUUGAACCACCAAAGACUAAACCUCAAAUACAGGACACUCAAACCCCUGAAAUCUCAAAGCUUACUGCAAAUGAUCAGCCAAAAGUUGACACUCUAACAACAUCAAUCAAAGAACUUGCACAGUCUGUUUUAUCUACAGGUGGGCAUCCAAGACCUAUACCUAGAAUCUCUCCAUUUGCCGGCCAAAGACCUAAAACACCAACAUCCAAAUCCACAUAUUAUGGAUUGACCCCUGCUGAAUAUGUUGCCCAUGGAGGAAUAAAAAGUUAUUCACCCUCGUUUAGCAUUUCUACACCAGCUGUAGAGGCAUCUCAACUUCCAAAACAGGAACCAGUAGUACUUCAACCUGAUGUGACAGUAAAAGAGGAUGCAAAGCCUGAGGUAAAACCCAAAGAACUACCUGAAAUCAAACCAUCUCAGAUUGAUGUUAAAGAUGAAACCACUGCUAAUGUUAUUGCUCCACUUUCUGAGGUUCCAAAGGCAACAGCUGAGACAAAAGCUAAGUCUGUGGGGGACAUUCCCAAGGCAUCUGUGCCAGAGGAAACCGAAUCAAAAGCAAAAAUUCCUGGAUUACCUAAUGUUAAAAUUCCAACCAUUGUGGUGUCUGUAGCUGACAUACCACCUCCAGAAGCAACAAAAGCAAAGGCAGCAAAAACUGUGACACCAAGAGUCAGAACUCCAACCUACGGAUCUCCCAGGGUCACUGAAAUGGCACCAAUCCCUCAAAUUGUGAAUGAAACUGUGAAACCUGAAGUUAAGGCUAUGUCAUUAUCUGACCAAUAUGUGGGAAAGCCAGCACUGCCAAAGUUUUCAGAAAGUCAGAUAAAUGGCCAACCAACAAAGGUGCCAGAGAAGCCAACAGAGACUAAAGUGUCUUUGUUGGAGAGAAUUAAAAAGCAGAAUCUUGCAUCUGCUUCUUACGAAAAAGCUCCUGAAAAACACGGAGAGGAAAAGGCUGGGGAUACACCUCUGGCUAAACCAAUAGAAGACCAAAAGGACCUUGAAACAAAGGAUGAUGAACCUGAAAAAAUAGAUAGAGCAGACACAAAAGUGAAAACCCAAAAGGAGAUCAAGCCUACAGAGGAUAAAGAGGAGGGCGACAGCUCCUCCCUUUCUAAAGAGCCUCUCUUGAAGGUGAUCCAGAAACCAAAAGGCAUGAAGUCAAAGCUUAGUGGCUGGUCUCGCCUCAAGAAACAUAUGGUGGUUGAAGUAGAGGAGCCCAAGUUUCCAGAGACUGAGCCUGGGUCAAAAACAGAAGUGCCUGCUAGUGCUGAUCAAAAUGCAAGUGACACACAAAAUAAGUCUGAAGGUGAAGCUAAGAUUAGUAAGAGCCAGGAUGGCAAAGACUCCCCUAGAGCAGCCAAAAUGUGGGAUGCUGUUCUCUUCCAAAUGUUCUCCACCAAGGAGAGCAUAAUGCAACAAAUUGAAGCCAAUAAAACCGAAGAGCAGAAGAAAAUGGAGGCAGAACAGAAGACACCAAAAGAAAUUCCUGCAUUCGCACAUCGCUUGCCAGUUCUCCUUUACAGCCCUCGGUUCGAUGCCAGGCGACUAAGAGAAGCAGUUUCACGACCAGCGACAAAGAUUGCAACAGUUUUCGAAAUGGGGCUCAUAGGCCGCAAAAAUAAAGAUGAAGAGCCAAAAGACUUUAAUAGAACAGCCAAAGGUUUCAAUGCUUCUAAAACCACUGACGUGUAACUGGAUAAUAUCUAAUUGAUGGGCAAGGAUAUUGUAAGCUUUUAUUAUGAUGGUAGAGUUCUGAAAACCAUCCAAUCUAAUUUUCUUUAUAAUUGUAUAACUUCAUAACAGAUCAAUUGGCAAGGAAACUAAAUAGAUAUUUUCUUUCAAAUACACAUCAACAAAUUUGUAGUAACAAAAAAUAAUUACCCAUUUGUCAAUUGGAAUUAGCCAUUUAAGCUUUUUUCUAAUUAGAAAAACAUGUGGUUUUAUAACAGACAUCACUUUUAGAUUAAAGAGUUUACUGAAGAGAUUUCCAAAGCUCAUCCUUCAAUGGCAUUAUUUUUUGUAAGCAUGAUAAAUGUUAAUAUUUUGAUAUUCAUUACAUCCCAGUCAAAAAAAAACAUCUUAGUCAAACAACUAUAAUUCAUUUACAUAAUUUAAUAAAAAGGAAAUUCAUUCAAGUCACACGAAAACUAAGCAAAUCAAGUGGAAAUUAGGUAUAUAAUGGUUCAAUACAUGCAGUUGUUAGGCAUUUAAGAAUAUUCAGUUUACCCUCAUGACACUUUUCCUUACAUUUCUUGGUCUGUAACACUACAAUAAAAUACACACAUCUUUAUCUCAGCUAGAAUUUUCUAAAGCCACUGUUCUAUUCUUAAUGAAUAAUACAAUUUAGGUAAAGUGGCAUAAAAAGUCUCUUGGAAUUCUCUGUCUCUCUCUCUAUAUACAAUACUAAAGAAAAAAUAGACAGAGAGAGAUUAAGAAAAAAAAGUUUAAUUAAUAAAAUAAUUUUAGUAAUUUUGCUUUUUGCUUUUAAAGAUAACAUGCUGAUAAGGGUGUUGAGGGACAAAGCCCUAAAUGUAUGAUUUCAAAGUGCAGGAACAAUUGAGUGAGAGUUUUAGGAGUGUGGGCAAGUGGAACUGGGUAACCACAGAAGCAAGAAUCAGAAAUUGUAUAUGCGAGGAAUGUAAAAAGUAAGUAUGCUAAGUACUGGAACUUGUGCUAAGCCUCAUAAGUACUGAAUGCAAGGCAUGACAUACUCUGCAGACCAGAGCAUGCCUGCGGGGAACGGUGUACUUGGUGCUCAGAGUUGACAAAUAGUUUCACUGAUGAAGCCCUAAAAUUGGCUUCACCAAACCACAAAUAAAAAUGUUCGGGUUCCAUCAUUGUGAAUACUGUAGAUGACAACAGUGAAUACUGACUGUCAACUCAUGCAUGUUCUUGUUUCAGGCUUAAAUAAUGGUAAAUUGCAGGCUUGGCCUUUUCUUGCAUGUUUGUCUUAUGCUGCAAAACCCAUCAGACUGAGAAUAUUUUAUUUUUUUUUUUUUUCUGUACUGAUGGUGAUGUGUAAUAUGCUUUGCAUUCUAAGGUGCACUGUACUAGAUUUAAUGUUAUUUUAUAUAUUUUUGUAAUAAAAUACCUGAUUUUGA